AUGGCUAAAGAAGUAGAGAAACUUUCAGUUGUUCCACAGGAACCAGUUACUUUAGACGAUGGGAAAUCCGAGACUUCAGAUGUUAAGAAAGAGACUGAAAGCGUUAAGGACACCAAGGAAGUUGCUAAAACUGAGCAACCACCAGCAGUUCCCGAGAAGGAAUCUUCAAAAGUGAAUGCUUCUGGAAAGAAUGAACAAGAUGAAGAAGAUGCUCCUGCCAAACCUGCCAGACCAGUUUCACCAGUGACUCAACGUACAAAGGAGUUGAAGGAGGCUUUCCCCUCAAUUGAAGAUAAGAUUAUCACUGCCGUAUUAAUUGCAUCUUCUGGACAAUUAGAUCCAGCAUUUAAUGCAUUAUUAUACCUUUCUGAUCCUUCAUUUAAGCCAGAAAUCCCUAUUAGUGCAGCUCCAUCCUCGAGUGGUGCAGGACCUGUUCCAGUUGCCACUUUGACUGAUGACGAGAAAUUAGCCAGAAGACUUCAACAAGAGUACGAAAGAGAAGAACAUGAAAGACGUUUACGUCAUGACAGAAGAAGAAAGGGUCAGCAACAACAGCAACAACAACGUCGUCAACAAAAUCCUAAUGAUUAUGACAGUCCUGACGAAUUUGAACAAAUCAAGGAGUCUUUCACUCAAGGGUUUGAAGAGGCCAGAACUACGUUGAAUGGAUGGGUUAGCGGGUUAACUAAGAAAUUCCAAGAUCCAGAGGAACAAGAACAGGAGAGAAGACAACAAAAUCGCCAACAACAACCUCACCAACAGUACCAGCAACAACAACAACAACAACGUCCUUCCACCAACCCUAAGCUCUUUGGAGCCUUGGGAGGCUCUUCAUACAACAAGAAGCAAUCGCUGAAGUUUGAUGAGGAUCCAAUAAUUCUUUCUAAUGACUUCCAUGAUAGAAUUAAUCUCCAUGAUAAUGAUAAUGAUGAUGAUGAUGCCCCAGUUUUACCUAGACGUCUGAACCAAACUGGAACCGAGCAAUCUGAUAGCUUUACUGAGCCAAACAACAAGAAGUGGCAACCAUUGAAUUCUGAUGCUCCUGUCAAUUCUGACGCAUUUUUGGUCACUGACAGUGAAGAUGAAGAAGUUGCACCAACUACCAAGAAAACUGAAAAGUAG